AUGUUUAGAAGAGACAGGAGGGGCAAGAGGGGUGGAGACAUUGCCCUCUACAUCAAGAAAAGAAUACAGUGUGAAGAGCUGUUCCUGAAGAAUACUCACGACCAGGUCAAAAGCCUAUGGGUAGGAAUCAGAGACAGGAGCAACAAAGGGAAUCUGGUUGUGGGUGUCUACUGUAGGCCGUCUGAUCAAGGAGAGCCUAUUGACCAAGCCUGCUUCCUCCAGCUCCAGAAGGCUUCACACUUGCAGUCUCUCGUCCUGCUGGGGGAUUUCAACCAGACUGACCUCUACUGGAAAAGUAGCACGGUGAGGGGCAGACAAUCCAGGAGAAUCCUAGAAUGCAUUGAGAAACACUUUCUCUGCCAGGUAAUUGACACCCCUACCCAAGCGGAUGCAAUACUGGACCUGACGCUCAGUGCAAGUGAGCUCAUCAGUGGCGUCAAGACUGGAGACAGCCUGGGCUGCAGUGUUCAUGCACUGGUGGAGUUCACACUCCUGAGGUAUAUGGGAAAGGGUAGAAAAGAGGACCCUGGGAACUACGGACCUGUCAGACUCACCUCUGUGCCUGCGAAGAUCAUGGAACAGGUCUUCCUAGAAACUAUGCUAAGGCACACGGAGACCAGGGAGGUGAUUCGAGAGAGCCAGCACAACUUCACCAAGGACAAGUCCUUCCUGACUAACCUAGUGGCUUUCUUUGAUGGAGUGACUCGAUCAGUGGACAAGUGGGAACCUUCACUCUCUCUGAGGCUUAGAAGUUUCUAUAAAGCCUCUUUCUGCAGCUGGAAUGAGCUGCAAGGAGUAAAAGUGCUGAGAAACAAGAGAGGGGACGUGUGUGACUCCAACCCAUGCAAAAAUGGUGGCAUCUGUCUGUCAGGGCUGAAUGAUAACUUCUACUCAUGCGAGUGUCCUGAAGGCUUCACAGACCCCAACUGCUCUAGUGUUGUGGAGGUUGCCUCAAUUGAAGAGGAACCAACUUCAGCAGGACCCUGCCUUCCUAAUCCAUGUCAUAAUGGUGGGAUAUGUGAAAUUAGUGAAGCAUACCGAGGCGACACAUUCAUAGGAUAUGUUUGUAAAUGUCCAGAGGGAUUUAAUGGGAUUCACUGCCAGCACAAUGUAAAUGAAUGUGAAGCUGAACCCUGCAAGAAUGGCGGAAUCUGUACAGAUCUCAUUGCCAACUACUCCUGUGAAUGUCCAGGCGAAUUUAUGGGAAGAAACUGCCAACAGAGAUGCUCUGGCCCACUAGGGAUAGAAGGAGGAAUUGUGUCAAACCAACAAAUUACUGCGUCAUCCACUCAUCGAGCUCUUUUUGGACUCCAGAAAUGGUAUCCGUACUAUGCACGACUUAAUAAGAAGGGUCUUGUGAACGCUUGGACUGCUGCAGAAAAUGACAGAUGGCCGUGGAUUCAGAUAAACCUGCAGAAGAAGAUGCGAGUCACUGGAGUUAUAACUCAAGGUGCCAAGAGGAUUGGCAGUCCAGAAUAUGUAAAAUCUUACAAAAUUGCAUACAGUAAUGAUGGGAAGUCAUGGACAAUGUACAAAGUAAAAGGCACAAAUGAAGAUAUGGUGUUUCGUGGCAACGUGGACAACAACACCCCAUAUGCGAACUCCUUCACCCCUCCGAUCAAGUCACAGUACAUACGGCUGUAUCCUCAGGUGUGCAGAAGACACUGCACGUUGAGGAUGGAACUUCUCGGCUGUGAACUGUCAGGUUGCUCUGAACCCCUGGGGAUGAAAUCAGGACAUAUACAGGACUACCAAAUUACUGCCUCCAGUGUUUUCCGUACACUCAACAUGGACAUGUUUGCUUGGGAGCCCAGGAAAGCCCGGCUGGACAAACAAGGCAAAGUUAAUGCCUGGACCUCUGGCCACAAUGAUCAGUCACAGUGGUUGCAGGUUGACCUGCUUGUCCCUACAAAAAUCACUGGCAUAAUUACCCAAGGAGCUAAAGAUUUUGGUCAUGUCCAGUUUGUGGGGUCCUACAAGCUUGCUUACAGUAAUGAUGGGGAGCACUGGAUCAUAUACCAAGACGAAAAACAAAAGAAAGAUAAGGUGUUCCAGGGAAAUUUUGACAACGACACACACCGUAAGAACGUCAUCGACCCUCCAAUCUAUGCCCGGCACCUCCGCAUCCUCCCGUGGUCAUGGUAUGGCAGAAUCACCCUGCGGUCGGAGCUGCUGGGCUGCACAGCAGAAGACUGAGGAGGAUCUCUGUCAGGCAUCGCAGCUCUCGGUGUAACUAGAAGUCCCUCCAUAGAAGAAACUGUGCAAAGCCUGUAGGAUACUGAGUGGGUUUUUCAUGAACAAGUGCUCAUUUUAUGGUAGGCCGCUAACUGUCUUUCACAAGGAGGUCUAAGCCUGCCCUUUAAAUGAUCCAAUCCGAUUUUGUCCUUGAAAUCUGUUAGUGUCAUCCCUUCUGCUGUGGAAUUAUCUUUCUAUUUUUCCUUUGAGUUGUUCACACUAGUUGAAAUGUGUUAGGGAGAAACAGCAGCAUCCUUUUUACAAGGGAAGAGAAAUAGCAUGACAAAGCUCAUUUGCAGCUUUAGAAACAUUGGGCUGACGAGUUCUCCAUAAAUCAUACUGUCAUCUUACUUGCAAAAAGUGAUACUGCAGCUUUUAGCAAUAAGUUUACUUGGGGAUGACUGCAUUAUAGUAAUUGUGCCUAUCAAACACUGUCAGUAUU